CCUGUGUUUGCCUUUUUUAUUCUUCCAAAUGUCAACAGUAGAAGAGAAUCUUACCCUUGAUGAACUGUUAGAAAGACAUAAAGAAGAACAAAAGCAGCUUACAGGCAGGAUCAUUGCCUUGCGCAAAUCUGUUCCGAAAAGUGACAAGAGAAAAAAGAGAGAAAUAAACUCUCGUAUAGCAGACUUGGAGUAUGACCUGAAAUUAAAGCAUGAGGAAGAGAUUCGAGCCUUUAAAGCGAAAGAAUCAGGAUUAGAUCCUAGUGAUCAACAAAAUGAGCUGGACGAUGGUAUAUCUUUAGACCGCUUAAAUGAACUUACGCUGCAAGAUAAUGACCAACUAAAGAUGCCGGAUGCGGCACAGCAACCAAAGGCUAAGAAAGUGAAUAAAGCAAAAUUAAGAAUAGAGAAGCGAAAUGCCGAAAUGGAGAGAUUGCGUGAAGAAGCUGAGCAAGAAGCAGCUAAUCAAGUAGAUCAAGGUGCUAUAGAAGCCGACGCUAUUAGAGAAUUAGUGAUUCCAAUGAACCUAAGAGUUAAACAGAUUACAGCAGACGGUCACUGUUUAUAUAAUGCCUUUGCAGAUCAAUUAAAACAAAGAUAUAAUGAAGAGACCUCAUACAAGGAUCUUAGAAAACUAGCAGCAGAUUAUAUGCGUAAUCAUGCCGACGACUUUACGCCCUUUUUGUAUCUCGAAGACGGUGAUUUUGAAAAAUAUUGCAAUGACGUCGAGAACACAGCACGUUGGGGAGGCCAAUUAGAGAUUUUAGCUUUGGCAAAAGCAAGAAAAGUUCCUGUAGAUAUCGUUCAAACGGGCGCACCUGUACUAAAGAUAUGUGAUGAUGAAUAUCCAGAUAAGCCUCCUGUUAAAUUAGCAUAUCAUAAGCACUUGUACUCGCUAGGUGCGCACUAUAAUUCUCUUGUGGACUUGUAAGAUCAUAAAGGAAUAAAUCAACUAUAUUUUUGUAUUUGGCAAGCUUCUUAUUUGCUGAAUGAGACAAGCCAUAAAUGCUUGCAAAAGUA